AUGGAGUUAGUUGGAGGAGAAAUUGAUUAUAGUUUUGUGAUUCAGAAAACUUUGGUUCUAUUGUUUUGUGUUACUUUGUCAUGGAAAAUGAUAAUAUACAUGUGCAAUUUGUUAAAUAUUGAGAAAGACCCUAUCAGGGUUCUGGUUACUGGUGCAGCAGGGAACAUAGGAUAUGCAAUUGCUCCAAUGAUUGCAAGAGGUAUAAUGCUAGGUCCAGAUCAACCCAUGAUUCUGCAUUUACUUGAUAUAGAACGAGCUUCACAAUCACUAGAAGCUGUGAAAAUGGAGCUUCAGGAUUCAGCCUUCCCUCUCCUCAAAGGUGUUGUCGCAACAACAAAUGUUGUUGAAGCUUGUAGAGAUGUGAAUAUCGCGAUACUGAUCGGCGGUUUUGCAAGAAAAGAAGGUAUGGAAAGAAAAGAUGUGAUGUCGAAAAAUGCAGUGAUAUAUAAAGCUCAAGCUUCGGCGUUAGAGCAUUAUGCAACAGAAGACUGCAAGGUUCUUGUUGUAGCAAAUCCUGCAAAUACAAAUGCUUUAAUCUUGAAAGAGUUUGCGCCAUCAAUCCCUGAAGAAAACAUCACUUGCCUGACACGUCUCGACCAUAAUCGAGCUCAAGCUCUGCUUGCCGAUAAACUAAGUGUUCCUGUCACUAGCGUGAAGAACGUGAUCGUUUGGGGAAACCAUUCUUCAACUCAGUAUCCAGACACCAAUUACGCAACGGUCUCUACAAAAACUGGAGAUAGACCGGUAAAAGAGCUUGUAUCUGAUCAAAAUUGGCUGAAGAACGAGUUUAUCACAGAAGUUCAGCAACGUGGUGCAGCCAUUUUAACAGCACGGAAACUGUCUAGUGCUUUAUCUGCUGCUAGUGCGGCUUGUGACCACAUUCAUGAUUGGUUUCUUGGAACACCUAAAGGACACUGGGUAUCUAUGGGUGUUUGUUCUGAUGGUUCUUACGGUAUACCACCCGGUUUGGUUUACUCGUUUCCAGUUAUCUGUGAGAAAGGGAGUUGGAAAAUCGUACAAGGACUCAGUAUAGACGAGUUUUCGAGGAAGAAAAUGGACGACUCUGCGAAAGAGCUAGCUGAAGAAAAGACUUUAGCUUAUUCCUGUCUUAAUGUAUAG